UCAUGCAAAGUGUGAGUAAACUAUGGCAAUCACGUAAUGUACUUGUGUGUCUCAGUCGCAGUAAAGCUAUCCGGUUGUUCUCAUACAUGCGCUUAACAGAAAAAAUUAUCUUCUAAAUAAGAAAAAAAAAAAAAUGUUUAUCACAUCGUGGACAUAUGUUUUGGCAACAAUAAUCGGUGCAUUUGCAAUUUAUUUUCUACAAAUAUUAAAAAGACAUAAAUAUUUUGAAAAUCAUGGAAUUCCAUAUAAAUCACCAGUGCCAAUAUUUGGUAAUAUGUUGCCAAUAAUAUUUCGUCAAAAAAAUAUGGGUACAGUAAUUCGUGAAUUAUAUAAUAAAUAUCCAAAUAAAAAAUAUUUUGGAUUUUAUGAUUUUAUGAAUCCUGUGAUUGUAUUACGUGAUAUGGAAUUAAUAAAAUCAGUGGCUGUAAAGAAUUUUGAUAGUUUUCCUGAUCAUCGAACAUUUGUUAAAGAAACAUGGGAUCCAUUAUUUGGUAGAAAUUUAUUUUCAUUAAAAGGUGAAAAAUGGCAUGAUGUACGUUCAUUAUUGAGUCCUGCAUUUACAUCAAGUAAAAUGAAAAUAAUGUUUAAACUUAUUUCACAAUGUGCAUCGGAUUUUACUGAAAUUCUUGCUAACGAUAUUGAGGGUAAUAAAAUGAGAGAAAUGAAAGAGGCAUUUACAAGAUAUACAAAUGAUGUGAUUGCAACGUGUGCAUUUGGUAUUAGCGUUAAUACAAUGAAGGAUCCAAAUAAUGAUUUUUAUGUAUUAGGUAAAGAAGCAACAAAUUUGGAGAAAUUAACGAUAAAAUUUUUUUUCAUGAGAGAAUUCCCUUAUAUUAUGAGAUUACUUAAUAUUAAAUUGGUGGCACCACGUAUUGAGAAAUUUUUCACAAAUAUUAUUAAAUCAACAAUUAAUAUACGCGAUACAAAGGGAAUAACACGACCCGAUAUGUUGCAAUUAAUGAUGGAUGCAAGAGGAAAAGGAAAUAAAGUUGAUCUCACAGCUGAAGAAAUGACUGCUCAAGCUUUUAUUUUCUUCUUUGGUGGAUUUGAUUCAACAUCAACAAAUAUGUCAUUUGCAGCGCAUGAAAUUGCAAUUAAUUCUGAUGUUCAAAAAAAAUUACAAAAUGAAAUUGAUUGUGUUUUACGUGAUACAAAUGGUGAUCCAACAUAUGAUGCAAUUAAUGGAAUGGAAUAUUUAGAUGCUGUUGUUAAUGAAACACUUAGGAAAUAUCCACUUGUUCCAUCAUUGGAUAGAGUUUGUUCGCGAAAAUUUGAACUUCCACCAAAUGAAAUUGGUGGUAAGCCAUUUAUCAUUGAACCAGGAAUGACAGUUUGGAUACCAGCUGUUGCUUAUCAUUAUGAUUCACAAUAUUAUGAGGAGCCAGAGAAAUUUAAUCCUAAUCGAUUUUUGGGUAAUGAUGCUGCAGCAAGUAUCAAAUCAACGACAUUUUUAUCAUUUGGCUUAGGUCCAAGACAAUGUAUUGGAAAUAGAUUUGCUUUAUUGGAAACGAAGACAAUGUUGUUUCAUCUUUUAGCGAGAUGUAAUUUGAAGAUAUGUCCUAAAACCAACGUUCCUAUGAAAUUAAGCAAAAAAACCUUUGGUUUUAGUGCUGACGGUGGUUAUUGGAUGCAACUCGAAAAAAGGGAUAAUAAAUUCUUGAGCAAUGGAAUUGGGAAAAAUUAGAAUUUCUGAUUUUAAUUUAUGAACUGAACUGUAAAAAAAAAGGAUAGUAAUUUUUAAUUAUUAUGAUAAAAGAAAUUUUCGUUAAUAAGAAAUUUUUAAUCUGUAACUUUGAGCAUUUUUGAUAUCGAUAUUUAGAAAUAAGUUUUAUAAAUAAUAACAAAUAAUAAUCAUUGAUAAUGAGUAUAAAAAAUGUUUUAUAUUUUUUUCCUUAAGUUUGCAUCGUUUUUUAAAAUAAAAAAAAAUAUCUUUAUCUUCAAACUGA